CGCUGACGUGACGUGUCAGCAACAUGCGAAACAGGAGCAAUGUCAAACCUUUCUUGCUCGCCCAGAGUGUUUGGAGAUGGAGGGAGGAAGGAUGCUGAGUACUACUGCUGGAGCAGAUCCUGGGCAUGAAUUUCAGGGAUCCCCUUCCGAAUGGGUGCGGGGUUCGCUUCUGAGUCCAUCUCUGCAGAACUGUGUGCAGAAGAGCAGUAUCCUCCAUGCCAUCAGCACCGUAGGUGGAUGGUUGUACGCUGCCUACAUGCAAAGGCUCAGGCACCACGAUCCUAAUGAUAUGCUCCAGCUCUUCUGUGUUGUUAGUAGGAUCAGAGGCAGGGAGGGCCCUGAAACCAAAUGCGGUGUGUGUGCCAACAGCCUGGCCCCACCUCUCCCUGUCUGCAAACCCUACUUAAGUACCUAUUCAGCCAGUGCGCUCUGUCUGGGGCAGGCUGCCUUUGUUGAACCAGGCUGCUGCAGGGUAGGAAGAUGGGAGUUCACCUGUUGGUUUCUCUGCUUGGAAGAAGCUUUGUGGAAAGUCCUUUCCAGUUAAGCAAGCCUUAUGCGAUCCUCUGUGAUCAAAAGGAACAGUGCAGAGCGUAAAGCAGAGGGAGAGACCUGGAGUCUGAAGCUGGCCCACCUGAGCCUGGACUCUGCACUGCCGUGACCACAUCUUGCACGAGAAGGCAGAAGGAGCGACGGCUUGAUUGCUGCUGACGGAAAUGGCAGCCAGCGUCUCCCUGCUGGACCUGGAAGGGAGACCCCAGACCUUAGGGUCUGGCUGUGGGGAAUGCCGGCUGCAACGCUGCUGUCCUCUUGCCGUAGCCGUCUAAAACUAAGGAGCACGGGGCAGCAUGGCUCAGAAAGCGUGGGUCAGCAUGCUGUUCCACAGCCGCAGGGCUCAGCUCUUGCUAGUCAACUCGCUGACGUUCGGGCUGGAGGUCUGCCUGGCUGCCGGGAUCACCUACGUGCCCCCACUCUUGCUGGAAGUGGGUGUGGAGGAGAAGUUCAUGACCAUGGUUUUGGGGAUAGGGCCUGUCCUUGGCCUGGUCUUCGUCCCGCUGAUCGGAUCCGCCAGCGACCACUGGCAGAGCAGCUAUGGCCGACGGCGGCCUUUCAUCUGGGUCCUGUGCCUGGGGGUCCUGCUGAGCCUCUUCACCAUCCCCCACGCCACCCACCUGGCAGGCCUCUUUGCCCUCGACGCUCGCCCCCUGGAAAUCACCUUCCUCAUCCUAGGCAUUGGCUUGCUGGACUUCUGCGGCCAGGUCUGCUUCACUCCCUUGGAGGCCUUGCUCUCGGACCUCUUCCAGGAGCCUGACAACUGCCGGCAGGCCUUCUCCAUGUACGCCUUCAUGGUCAGCCUGGGCGGCUGCAUCGGCUACCUGCUUCCAGCCAUUGACUGGGACAGUAGCUUCCUGGCCCCUUACCUGGGGGGACAGGAGAAGUGCCUCUUCAGCCUCCUUGCCAUCAUCUUCCUCGGUUGCGUCCUGGCCACCCUCUUUGUGACCGAGGAGGCAGCAGCACGGACGGAUGCUCUGAUGGGUCCUGCGCUGAAGGACUCUUCCCCCAGGCCCUCGUCUCCCAGCUGCUGCUCUUGCCGGGUCUCCAAGAGCCUCCUGCAAGCGAGGCACGUGGUGCAAGCCGCGAGGAACCUCUGCACCUUGGUCCCGCGGCUGCACGGCCUCUGCUGCCGCAUCCCCAAGGUGGUCCAGCGGCUCUUUGUGGCUGAGCUGUGCAGCUGGAUGGCCUUCAUGACUUUCACGUUGUUCUACACGGACUUCGUUGGGGAAAGGCUGUACCAGGGGGUUCCCAGGGCCAAGCCAGGCACGGAAGCCAGACGUCACUAUGACGAAGGUGUGCGCAUGGGCAGCCUGGGCCUCUUCCUGCAGUGCGUCACCUCCACUUUCUUCUCGACAAUCAUGGACCGCAUGGUGAAGCAGUUUGGGACGCGGGCGGUCUACCUGGCCAGCGUGGCCUUCUUCCCCGUGGCUGCCUUCGUCGUGUGCCUUUCCCGCAGCGUCCUCAUCGUCACCCUCUCGGCCGCCUUGACGGGCUUCACCUUCUCUGCGCUCCAGAUCCUGCCGUACACGCUGGCUUCGCUGUACCAUCAUGACAAGCAGGUAUUUUUGCAUAAGUACAAAAGCAAAGAGGAGGAGGAUGCUGCUCAGCUGGACAAGAAAACAGGCCUCCCCAAAGGGCCUCUCUCCAGCCAGAAGCUGCCCUACCAGAAUGGCCAUGCCGGGGGCCUCUUCUCCUCCCCGCCGGCUCCCAGCUCAGCCCUGUGUGUCAGCUCCCCCUGCGAGGUCUCGCUCAUGAUGAUGGUGGGAGACCCGGACUCCGCAGCACCUGGCCGAGGGAUCUGCCUGGACCUGGCCAUCCUGGACAGCGCUUUCCUCCUCUCUCAGGUUGUUCCAUCCCUCAUCAUGGGGUCUAUCGUCCAGUUUACACAGUCAGUGACUGCCUACAUGGUGUCAGCCGCCGGCUUCGGCCUCGUGGCCAUUUACUUUGCAACCAAAGUAGUCUUUGAUAAGAGCGAUAUGGCCAAGUAUUCUGCAUAGCGAGGACUUUUCGCACGCAGGCGGGCACGGGGCUGGCGGAUGCACGUGCACACUUAUGCUGUAUGUUACGGGAAUCCCCACGUUUCAUGCCUUCUCCCCAUCUCUAGUGCUAUCUGUGGGAGCCUGACUGUGCUGCCCCGGGGGCACGUGGAAACGGAGGGGAUGCAGGGCUCAUCUCAGGUGUAUAAGGAAGGGCACUGCAACCAU